GGAGGCGCUCGCAGGGGACGCGGACAUCUACGCCGCGGUCGUCUUCUGCGCGUCCCCGCCCGACGAGAGCGCCGCGAGGGCCGUCUUCGCCGGCAAGGUGGAGGAGUCCACCGACGCGGAGCGCAGCGUGGCCAUCAGCGUGCUGAUCGGCAUGCUGACCUCGCCGGCCGCACGGCCCGUGCUCGCCCGGGACCCGCGCGUCCGGCACGCGCUCGUCGCCGCCUCGGAGAGCGAGCUGCGGGAGGUCGCCGCCAAGGCCAACGCCGCCCUGGCGCUGCUGGCAAUGAGCGAUCCGGCCGUCUGCGUCCACGCGUGGGGCGCUGAUGCCGCGGGGCAUCCCGAGGACGAAGGGCCGCAGGAGGACAGGGAGGCGGCCAGCGAGAGCGGCGGGGACGCGGAGGCGGACCUCGACGAGCCCCUGUUUGGGUCCUCGGAGUCCGAGCUCUGCGCCGCGCUCCUGCGCGCGGCCGCGGAGGGCGUCACCCACAGGCACCGCGCCGCUGCCCUCGGCUCGCUCUGGAGCCUCGCGUGCACCUCGCGCACGGACCCGCGCGCCCUCUGGGCCAGCGCCGCGCUGCGCGACGCCGUGCUGAGCGGCGCGGCCGCGAGCGAGCCCUACGAGCUGCGGGAGAGCGCCCUCGGCCUGCUGUGGGGCCUCGCCGCGGCCGAGGGCAACCGGCUCAGCAUGUGGUGCGACGCCGGCGUGCGCAGGGCGCUGCGGGAGGGGGUCGCCGCGCAGAGGCCCCUGCUCGGCGGCGGCGGCGGCGGCCUGUCGCCGUCUGCUUCGCGCCAGGGCCUGGGCCCCGGCGGAGGCGCGCAGCCGCCCAUCUCGCGCUCGAAGAGUCCGGCGAGGGGCGGGGCACCGGGGCACAUCGCCCUCGCGGCGGAGGUCGCGGUGAGCUUCGAGCGCGCGAGCCUCGCGGAGAUGCCGCCGCUCAUGCCGGAGCCGCCGCAGCAGCCGCUGGAGGUCAGGGCCAAGGCGUUGUGGGCCCUGGCGAGCCUGGCCGAGGCCGAGGACAACAGGGGCCCCAUGUGGCAGGACAAGAAGCUCGCGAAGCAGCUGCUCGAGGCCGCGUGCAUCAGGGAAGACCUGGCCAAGCGGCUCCGCCUGUCGGGGAAGCCGCCAGACAGCCUGGCUUUCAAGACGACCGUGUACCGGGCGGCGAUGCGCGUGCUGCUGCUUCUGGCGCAGCACGAGGGCAACCGGGAGGAGAUGCGCAGCGCGCUCGUGCCCGAUAUCCUCGCGGCCGCCGCAGAGGAUGCCGUCCUGCCGGCCAUCGAGCGCCGCGCGUUUGCCAAAGGCCGCGAGGUGCUGCUGGUCGAAGGCCAGCCGGCCGCGUGAGGCUGCGGUGGGCACCAAAGGCGAGAGGGGCAGUCGCCGCUCUGACUGCUGGGCAGCGUUCGCCUUCACGGCAGCCUGUGCCGGAAGCCGCGACGGCCCUUGCGCAAAAAGCAGGGACAGGUCGAAAUUGGAG